UCAAAAAAUAAAUCAACAAAAUUAUCACAUCAAUCUCAAGAGUUUUGGAAAAGAGAAAUUGAAAUUAACACAGAAAGUUGUCACAGACGAAUUAUAUCGGCUAGGGAGGAUGUAUUAGCCUCGCAAUAUUUAAUAGAUGUUUUAAAAGCUGAAAAACUUAAUACAGUACCUGCAAGUUUUUGGGCAGACCGACAAAAGCCAGAAUAUAAAGAAACAGAAGAAUUCAUAACUUCUCUUAUGUUUAAUAACUUGAAAAUAUAGAAAAUAAAAUUGUAAGAUGGCAUCUAUUUCCACUAAGCCAGCUUUAGUAACACUGCGGCAACUUCUGUCAGAGUUGCGGAAGCAAAGUUCAACCAACAAAUUGGCUGAGAACCAAAUGGCAAUGUAUGUGUUAAAACAGUAUCGGAAAUAUCAAAUAACAGACCAACAGCUUUGCAAAGCAGCUGAUGAAAUGCAUUUUAAAGCCAAAACAUACACUGAUUAUUUGCAUCAUUCGAGAAGAUUUCGGGAAAUCAAUGAAGAGUACAAAGGUAAAGGGGAAAGAACCGUAACAGAAACGGCAAACUUAGUUGGAUUUAAACUGCCUCAUGAUCCAAAAUAAAACACUGAAGUAUAAUUUAACACAUUCAUUUCAAUCACAAAAUAGAGUUACAAAUUAGCUCUUUCUUAGAUUGACAGUAAGAGCAAUUCCUAUAAAGAACUGCGCUAGAUUAUCUUAAUAUAAUAUUAUAUAAAUCCAGUGUCCUGGUGUUUAUUUCUUGUGAACUCCUAAAAUAAUGAACAGAUUUUAAUGGGGAUUACUUCAUUGAGUGCAGUUAAGUCAAACUUGAAAGAUAGCCUUUAUUUUGAUUUGGAACCCAUAAUUAUUCUUAUUUCCAUAACUUUUUUUGUAUGGACAUAUUUUCUAUGAGAGAAUUUAUUGAACAUAUAUACAGUUUGAAAUUUCUGUUUAAAACAAUGUCACUAUAAAAACAGGGAGCAUAUUAUACGAAAUAAUUGUUGAUGUUAUGAAAUAUGAUUGACUUAUUCAUAAAAACAGUAUUUUAUUUUUUAUGCACAGAGUAAUGUCUAUUGGCUCAGCUAGUAUAAUAUAGAACUUCCUGGAGAAGCAAUGGAUGUGUUAAAAUAUAUGUUAUUUUAAGAACAUUAGUGAGAUAAUAUAAUCAUGAUAGAAUACAUGUUUUAAAUAAAAUUACUUUAAAAUUUAA